GGCGGCUCGGGGAAAGAUUGCUUGGAGUUUGACGCAAACCCGUGGAGAGGACAAAAAGAACAGUCCCUACAAGCGCCAGUCUUCCCAGUUUUACUUCCGUCUAAUAGUGUGGACUUUGCAUCUAUUAACUGAGUGUCUUGUUUAAUAAGAGCGAAAUGAUGUCCUCCAAGUUGAAGUGGCUGAUCGUGGUUCAGCUCCUGCUAAAUGAACAAGCUCUAUGCAGGGUGCAGCCUUCUCCUUUUUCCCCAGCGCGUGGCAUCCUUGGACCAGGAGACACAGCCAAACCAUAUCCUCAAAAGCAACCACAGUUUGGUCUCCCAAUUGCAGAAAAGCCUGAUCCUGAAUCAACGCGAGCACAUGGAGAGAAAAGCCUGAAUUCAGCCAAGCGCAUUGUAUCCAUCCUCAAGCCAAAGCUACAAGCGAAGAUUCCAGAUUUCCACAAUGAGAGGAAUAUAAGCUGUGGGGAACUACUUUCAGUCAGUGGUCUGGAUGACCCUUUUUCAUCCAGGUUCCCUCAGGAGCUUCUGGGUCUAUCUUUGGUACCAGUGAUGGUUGUGGCAGGCUGCCCACGCGAGGCGCACAUCCUGGUGGUCAAGCUGUAUGGCCUGCUGGGGGUGGAUGAGACCAACGAACUCCUUCUGAAAGUGGAAGGCUUGAUCCAGAGGGGGACAAAGUUGCCAUCUGAACCUAAAAAACUCACUUUGGAGAGUGAUGAAGCAGGGCGGCAGCUAGAAGCUGUCAUCUUCAACAUACAGCAGCUGGGCACAGUUGGAAAAAGUUUAGGACGAACAAACAAGAUGCAAAACUGCGACAGUUGGACCCGGGUUAAUGGGACCACGCUGCUUGGAGUUGUUGUCCAGGAUGGCACUAGUGGGCUGGAGGAGGCUAUGGACACCUGUGUGAGGAUGGGGGCCACAUGUGCUGGGGUGACAAACGGUGGACUUCCUGGACGCUAUCAGGUGGUGUUGAAGAAAGGGAGUCGUAUCCUACCCUCCCAAGCUUCUGACUGUUGGAUCUAUCAGUGUAGUGCAGAACUCUCAUGCGCCGACGUCUCUGCUCGACGUUUGCGACGGGACCUCCAGGGGAGAUGCACUAACAAAAAGGAAGAGCGCGUAUAUAAAGUGGUGGAGUGGAUCCCCGCAGUCAGCACCCUGUACAACUUGGGCACAGCGGUCUAUUACGCGUCGGUCAACUGCUCCGAAACGGCAAAAGAAAGAGCUGUCCUCACUGCUGUGGACCUUGGCACAGAUGCCCUGAUGGUCGCCACAGGUGGCGCAACUGGCGUGGCCGGUUACGCUAUUGGGGCCGGUCUGAAAACAGGUGUCAAGGCCGGGGUCAAGUACCUACUUGGCUCCUUGACGCGUGAAGACGACGUGUUGGUCAACCAGUCCAGCUGGGAGGGGGGUGUCUUCACUGUGCCAUGAACAAAACAAGCCAGGACAACCUUCCUCGUGCUAUCUUCAUUAUUAUUAUUAUUAUUACAUUCCUUUUUCAUAUAGUCUUAACCAUAUUCCUACCUCUGAAAUGUUUCAGUACCCUUAGUGGACAUGUCACUAUGAUCUUGGAUGUACUUCUGGAUAACAAAGAUUAACUAACCUUUCUCUGAUGGCGCCACUGUAGUAGAC